AUCAAACACAAAUACUGCAUGUCGUAGAGAUUUGAUACAAACAAGUCGUUCGACAUAUACAUAGACAGAUGUGGUCUGUAUCAGCGGUAACUAUUACAGAGAAACAGGUAUCUGGAGACAGCACACUCUGGUCUAUGAUCCCAGGCUUGCCUCAGAAACAUCAUUCGUUCAAGACUCGAGCCUUAGUAGUCGUGACUCGUGAUACACUUCCUCAGGUACUAUUAACGAGAACGAGAUACUAAGAGCUUUUUGAUGGCGCAAGCGGGAACUUUCUCAUGGAUCAGUGAACGUCCUUAUAUAUCACAACCGAUCACUCCGAAUCAGAAGCCCCACCUAAAUUAUCGCCCUCGGAAGUCGCAUACUAAGUCUAGGAAUGGCUGCAAUAAUUGCAGGAAGCGCAGAAUAAAGUGUGACGAAGCAAAACCAAGCUGUGGACAAUGUUCUGACAGACUACUCGGGGCAGUUCAGUGUGAAUAUUCCGUUCUACAAAAGCUAGUCAUGAAAGACCAAUUACCUUUGGAACAACAGAUAUCGACCGGGCGGAUUUGUAGCACAUCAACCAGAGACCAAAUCAUUUCGUACCUGGAAAAGUCAGAAGUUCCGUGCUCGCACUUUAAAGACCCCAUAUACAAGCCAGGCGAUGCUUUUGAAUUAUUGGACCACUUUACUGAAGUCACAACUCCUUGGAUUGGCUCUCAAUCGUUCCAGCAAAUUAUCCAGCAGCAUGGGCUAAGGAUUUCUCUCAAAGCCCCUUACCUAAUGCAUGCCAUUCUUGCUUUUUCAGCAAGCCAUCUUCAUUAUUUACACCCAAAACAGAAAAGAUAUAGCAUUGCUUUCACGUUGCAUUACUCUAAGUCUUUAUCAUCCUACUCAUCAGAGCUUCGAACGAGCUUAAAUGCCAGAAAUGCAGAUGCAGUCAUCGCAUCGUCUUACCUUCAAACGAUGCUGACCUUUAGAAACAUUCAGCCAGAUUCAAACAUCGACAGUGACGGAAGCGGACGGCUUACCUGGCUACGUGCUAUGCGAGGGGUAUCAAUAUUGUGGGAUACUAGCGAUAUGAAUCGUCACCUCCAAGACAGUAUUUUGUUAAAUAUGAAAGACGAUCCCAAGUUCUUGAAUGAGGGGCCUUGCAACCAUGACAAGCCAAACGACGUGAAUGCGUGGGCACUAGAAACGUCAAGAGCGUUCCAUAGUCUAUUUGAAGGAGAACAGGAUUCAAAAUCAUUCAAGGAUUCUUAUGAAGGACCCUUGAGGCACUUAUGUCAACUGAUACGACUCGGGACUGGCCAAGAUACGAUCUGCACGUAUAUGUCGUUCGUGGGUGAACUUCCUGAUUCAUUCGUAAAGUUACUGGAUCAGAAGGAAUCCAAAGCUUUGUUGAUUUUAUGUUAUUGGAGUGCCCUAUUGAGCCAAAUAUAUUACUGGUGGGUUAUAGACCCUGCAACCGCUGUUUGUAGUAGGCUUUGCGCAUACCUGGCUAGGAUUCCUGACGAGAGAAUCCGUAGCCUACUGCACUAUCCAGCCAGUCAAUGUAGUUAUAUGGUGGAUAGUGCAUUUUGAAAUGUCGUCAACGCACCUCUACAAAUAGAUUGCCACAGUAUCAGUUUAUAAAAAAGUUUUCACCUUCAAUAUGAAAUCUGUGUUUCUAAUAUUCCGAAUCACCAGGAUAACAUCGGAAAAGAAGGGCUUCUGAUCUCU